AUGACACGGACGCCCUUUUCGAGCUUAGCUCUUCCUCCGGACCUGAAGAUGGCGACCGUGAUGAUUCAAGCGCCACAAGUAUCAAACGUGCUCGACCAGUAUCCAGUUCGCAUGGAUGACAAAUUUCUACAAGUUCGUCCUGUUACGUGCAAAGUUGCCGAUGAAACUAGUGAUACCAUCAGCAUUGACCAUACUUUUGUCAUACCUGCCUCUCUACUGAAGAAGGCGUCUGCAGCAAUUAUUUUAAAGCGCGAGGAAAUGCAUGCGGCGAAGGUGGAAAUGCCGUGGGGUUUGCUGGUCUCAUUUGGCUCGGGAAAUCUCGUUCUACACAGAAUGGAGAAUUUUUACACACUCAAGGCAAAGGCCAGAGGCUAUAUCAAAGAUGUUAAGUGGCUGAACCAAGACUGGCGCCUCGUUCAAGCCCAUCCGGUUGACCUUUUUCCUUAG